GCUUUUUCCCCAUAUCCCUUGAUUCCUUUAGCCCUAAGAGCUAAAUCUAAAUCUCUCUUGAAAAGUUCCUUCUUGCACGUUCUCCCCUGAGGUAAUGGUUCGGGGAUUGCACGAUCGGACAGAAGGGGGCAGAGUUGUUCCAGAGGCAUUUUUGGGUCGGCUCCAUUUACAAGUGCACCUUUGUUCCAUUUAUACCCUGGUUAAAGGCAGAGUGGGAUUCCCACAGUUGGCGAGAUUGAAGCUCGUCCCUGACAGUAAAGCAGACUCCAGGCUGGGGAAUGAUGGCAUGAACGAGAGAUCAGGAUCAAGGCAGAAGUGAGGUUUGUGCAGUAAAUUAGGUCUCAGCUUUUAGGUGGCUCUUCUGUGUCAGGAAGUAAUAGUGUUUAUCAAUAUAAAUAAAGAUCCAGAUUCCUCGCACGGGUCUGCAAAUGUCAAUAGCUUUACCAUUUUUAAACAGCCUUAACAUUUUUAAAUAGCCUUACAAUUUUAAAAUAACCUUACCAUUUUUAAAUAGCUUUACUAUUAAAAACAAGACUUUUUGAAGGAUUUAUUAAGAGUAUUUAAAAAGGCAUAUCUUGAGCUCCAGGGAGAUGCGAAGGUAUUUGUGCAGGUGGACAGACAGGUGCUGCAUGAGUUGAGUAUUGCAGGAGUUGUAUCAGUUGAGGACGGGAUGAGUGCAGUUUAGCCAGGGUGUUCCAGGUGGGCUCCGGUGCUGUGGGUGGCGUUGGAUGGAUCUAGCUGUGUUCAGGAUACAUCAGGCGAAGGAUUCCGUAUUCGAUGUGUUCCUGCUCCGACCCCUUGCCCGUGAGCGGCGCCGCUCUGCUGCCCCUGUCUCUGGAUGCCAUGCACCGGGAUCAGCGGGGAACCGAGAGCCCGGGACUUUGGCAGCAGCGUAGAAACAGCCCGACACAUGGGACCCCGCAGCUGAUAGAGCUGGUCCGCAACUUCGCACACACUCUGGCGCAGUUUAAAGACGUCCUUCAAUUGUACGCAGACGUUGUUGUGAGGCACGAGACGGUGCAGGAACGCCUGGCGGAGAUGCUGUUGGCUCUGGAGCUCAUCAUCGAUCACUACCCCUCACUGAACCCCAACAACUCCCUCCUGGAGACGGCAGCCCUGCUUGUGAACAUGGUACACGGUUUAGGUGCUCAAGACGAAAGCAACGAGAAGCCAAGACGUUUCAGUGAAAUAUUCCGGGAGCUGGAUGCAUUUGAAAUUUCCUUUGGAAACUCCACAGUGGACCUGUUCAUGACAGAAGCAGAAGACAGCUUAACCGUGCCAGAACAAUCUCCUGUGGACGAGAGUCAGGUGAAUGAGGAUUUCUUCCCGGGUUGCCAUGACCACAAAAUGGAGGAGAGAGAUGAGUUCCAAACUUCAGCUGAGGAAGCUGAUGCCAUGCUGAUGAAGUGUGUGGGUGGUGUUGAGUCUGCCCUGCAGUACACCAAGCACUGGACCAAGUACACAAAGGACCUGCUGUUGUGGAUGGACAAGAGGACUUGUGCCGAGAUUGAAUUCUCAAAGAGCCUAAUGAAAAUGGCAGAAACAAGCAAGAACUUGAUUAACCAGGAGAAAUCCAUGCCCUUCCAAUACACCUACACGAUGGCCUUGCAGCAUGACAUCCAACAAGGGACUAAGUCAAUCAAUACCAUGAGUUUGAUGCAGCAUAAUACAUACAUCCAGCCUCUAAUGAAGAUUAAAAACGAGUUGGAAAAACAACGGCGAGAAUUCAAAGAGCAAUGGCAGAGAGAAUUACGCAGAAUGAAUGACAGCUUAACAGCGCUGCGGAAAUCGAAACACAUGUACUUCCAGCGCAGUGAGGAAUUUGAAAAAGCAAAGCAGCAGAGUGCCAAGGCCGAGGAAGAUCAGUUUUCACUCAAUAUGGGCGGAAACAAUCCAGGUAGUGCCAGCAAGACUCUGGAGAAACGCAAACGGUCAAAGGACGAUGCACAGAUGAAGGUUCACGAGACUGAAGUACAUUAUAAGAACUGUGUUCAUGAGGCCAACUUCAGACGCAAUGAACUGGAGAAAACAAAAGUGGAGAUAAUAACGCAGCUACGCAAACUCAUCUGCAGUGGCGACAACAUUCUAAAAGUGGUGUCCAUGAACAUGUUCCGAAUGAAGGAGGAACAGAUGCAAGAGGUGCCACGUUCCAUGCACUCGCUGCAUGAGAAUCUCAAACUAUACGAGCCUGCCCAGAAAUACUAUGAAUUUAUUCAGAACUUGGACAAGAAGCCGCUGUCAACAGAGAGCUAUGAAUUUGAGGAGUUCUCUACCCCCAGCAGAAGGUCCUCUCCCACUGUAAGGAGAAAAAGUAGUGGUCCACAUCGGGCAUCAGCUUCCUCCGGCGACUUCCCAAAUGUACCCGAUGAGUUUGACAACAAACUUAUGUUUCAUAAUACAAGUGGAACGAAACGGGGCUCAAGCGAUUCGGAAAGCACAGGAGCGAGUAGCGAGUCCCGAUCCCUUGAUUCACCGAUGUCUAGUCCAGCUAAUUUUGGAAGAAAAUUACAAAAGGCCACAAUGUCAGGGAUGUCGCCAGAUGAUUUGGAAGAGAGAGAUGGGAACCAGCUGCAAGAUAAUGAUCUGGCCGACUUGAACGAGACAUUGAGAACACCAGCAACCUUCAAAAAUAUUUUGUUAUCGAAAGCAGCACAGACACACCGAUUUCGGAAGCUUCGAGCCCCAACCAAAUGCCGAGAGUGUGACAGCCUUAUUGUGGUGAAUGGCGCUGAGUGUGAGGAGUGCUACCUGGCCUGUCAUAGAAAAUGCCUGGAGUCCAUUGCCAUCUUGUGUGGCCACCGCAAGCUUCAGACUAGGAUCGCUCUCUUUGGAGUUGACUUUGCCCAUGCACCGAGAGAGACAGCUGAUGAGGUGCCCUUCAUCGUCCGAAACUGCACGGCUGAGAUCGAACGACGGGCUCUGAGUGUACAGGGAAUCUAUCGGAUGAAUGGAUCAAAGAUCCGCAUCGCCAAACUGCGGCAGUCCUUUGAAAAUGGCCGGGACCUCACCGACAUGUCCGAGAACUCGCCUCACGACAUCACAAACCUCUUAACCCUCUACCUUCGAGAGCUUCCUGAGCCAAUUGUGCUCUUCAGACUCUACGAUGACUUUAUGAAGUUUGCCAAAGAGUUGCAACAGGCCUGUGAUGAGCUGAAGGACAGUCAGUCCAAGGGAAUACCAGUCACCACUGACAAAGUAUCACAACUGGUGCAGCAGGCCAAGACCUUGUUGCACAACCUUCCAGCUUCCCACUACAACACUCUGGAGCACGUCAUAAGGCAUCUCCACAGAGUGGCGGAACGAUGUGAAGAAAACAAGAUGUCAUCGAAUAACCUGGGAAUAAUAUUUGGCCCCACGCUCAUCAGGCCUCAAGCUCAGGACGAUGCUGUUUCAAUGACGUCCCUGGUGAACUCAGGAUAUCAGGCCCAGGUGGUGGACUUCCUCAUCAUGCAGUCCAAUCACAUGUUUGAGCUCAAACAAGGUCCCAGUUCUUGGACUCCUGCAACGAGGAAUUCCCCAACAGAGCCGGGCGUGAACAGGGCAGGCGAGCCCCUGAGCUCGGCAAAAGGCAGGAGCCAAUCCUCAGAGAGCCUGGUUCUCAAGCGGCAUUCGAGUGAAGGAUACGUGUCAGACAAAUCGUCAUCAAACGAAGCCCUUGAUGACACACAGGACCAGCGUAGGGUUAGUUCUGACAGCGGUGACGUGGCAUGUGUGGCGGAUGAUGCUCGAUCUCUGGACGGCCAGGAUUCGGAGUGUGACGGUGGUGGUGGUACUGGUGGCACAGACACCUCACCGCGAUGUACCUUCAACCGGCAGCCGGGCAAGUACCAGCGCUACGGUCUGGCCAAGACCCGUGCGGUCAUCCCCAGGACGUCUGCUCUGCCCAUCAUCACGGCUAACAUGCCGGCGACAGUGGAGUGCCCGGAGACGGUGGGAGUGGACAUGAUGCCGUGCGGCACGGACACGAGGGCCAAGACCAGCGGCUCCAGCCGCAGCUCCUCGCCGGACGGCAGCGGCACCCUGCGUCGGACCGGCGUCAAACACAAGCGGUUCGAGUUGACGGUGGGCGCGGCACGGCUGGUGUCCAAGCUGCAGGAACGGCGGAGGGCGGAGAGCACCGACGGUGGGCACAGCCUGCCAGGGGACCUCGAAACCGAGCGCACCGCAUCACCAAAUCACCAACCACAGGGGAGCCUGGAAACAGAACGCACCGUGGCACCAAAUCACCAACUACAGGGGAGCCUGGAAACAGAACGCACCGUGCCACCAAAUCACCAACUACAGGGGAGCCUGGAAACAGAACGCACCGUGCCACCAAAUCAUGGCCUGCAGGAAAACCUCGAAACAGAGCGCACCGCCCCGUCAAACCGUGGCUCACAGGGGAGUCUUGACACAGAGCCAUCGCCACACAUGUCUGCAGCAAGUGGGGCUGGAGAGCGGGCGGGGAGCCUGGAAACAGAGCGGCGGCAGGAUUACCGCCAGGCGGCGGUGAUGGGCGGCGUGGAGGCCGGGGCGGUGGCGGGCGGCGUGGACGCCGGGCCGGCGGCGGUGGCGGGCCACAUGGAGGCCGGGCUGGCGGUGGUGACCAGCAGCGUGGAGGCCGGGCCGGUGGUGGUGGAACACACGGAUGGAGACCUCAACACCAACCAGUCCAACAACGUCACCAGCGAGCAGGGCAAGGAGCAGCGUGACGUGGAGAAGAUGCUUCACAUCCUGCGCCAGAGGCAGAGUCUGGAGAACAGGGAGGCCUUCUUUGUGUGAGAGGCAUGAGGCCGGGGUCACUGGCUAACCUCUGACCACUCAACGUUGAGCGGGGGGACUAGGCAGAAGCAACCCAUGUACAUGGAUGGACCUCAACUCAAACAGAACAAUUGUACAUUAUACAAACCUUCUAUACAAAGAGAUUCAAGUAUUCUGUUAUGAAGCAGGUCCUUUACGACCUUUUUUUUAUAUUGGACCAUUAUCAAUGCCAUAAAGAUUGCUAACCACUUUUUUGGGUUGAUAUCCAAUUAAUUUUGGGCAUUAUUGUCGGGACCUCCACUUGCCCCAUGAAGGACAAUGGACAACUUGGGCUGGGUAACCCCACAACUCUGUUGGAAAGAUAACAUGAUGAAUUAUUCAGACGUGGGCCAAAAUAAAGAAAAUUAGGCCAUUCAUAUCUGCA